AUGGAACCAGGCAAUGAAACAGGGGUUUCAGGAUUUCUUCUUCUGGGAUUUUCAGAGGAAUCAGAAUUGCAGUCCUUCACAUUUGGACUUUUUCUCUCCAUGUAUCUGAUCACUGUGCUUGGAAACCUGCUCAUCAUCUUGGCUGUCAGCUCUGACUCCCAUCUCCACACACCCAUGUACUUCUUUCGCUCCAACCUGUCAUUUGUAGACAUCUGUUUCACCUCCACCACCAUCCCAAAGAUGUUGGUGAACAUCCAGAUGCAGAGCAAAGUCAUAACCUAUGCAGGUUGCAUCACCCAGCUGUACAUUUUUGUAAUCUUCUCGGGGCUGGACAUCUAUCUCCUGGCCGUGAUGGCCUAUGAUCAAUUUGUGGCCAUCUGUCACCCCCUGUACUACAUGGUCAGCAUGAACAAUCAGAUCUGUGGAAUCUUGCUUCUAGUGUCUUGGAUCACAAGUGUCUUGCAUUUUUUCUUACAAACCUCAAUGGUGUUGCAGCUCUCAUUCUGUACACACGUGGAAAUCCCCCACUUUUUCUGUGAACUCAAUCAGAUGAUCCAACUUGCAUGUUCUAACACCUUUCUUAAUGAUAUGGUUAUGUAUUUUACAGCUAUGCUGCUGUGUGGUGGUCCCCUCGCUGGUAUAAUUUACUCUUACUUUAAGAUAGUUUGCUGUAUAUGUGGAAUCUCAUCAGCUCAAGGGAAGUAUAAAGCAUUUUCCACCUGUGCAUCUCACCUAUCUGUUGUCUCAUUUUUUUGUACAAGCCUAGGAGUGUACUUCAGCUCUACUGCUAGCCAGAGCUCACACUCAAGUGCAAUAGCCUCAGUGGUGUACACCCUUGUCACGCCCAUGCUGAAUCCCUUCAUCUACAGUCUGAGGAAUAAAGAAAUAAAAGGGGCUCUGAAAGGAUUCUUCAGGAUGGCAAGCUCUACAGAUAGGCGAUUCCAGUACAAAGGAGAAAAGGAAAAAGAACUCAAGAGGCUCUUCGACAGUCCCCCAAACCCACCAUCCUCCCACAGCAAACGGCCGCCAGGAUGGCCCGCGUUGCUGGGGAACGGGGAUAGAGGGGACGGAGGCACCGAGGAGCCCCGUGCAGCCCGCGAGCCCCGCGCCCUAGUCCUCCAGGACAACGCCCCGCAGGGCUCAGCGGACAAGGCGGGCCAGGGCCGCGCCACCUCCCGGAAGGCUGUCUGGGACCCGAGCCCGGGCUCAAGGCGCGUCUCCCCUCCGAGCCGCCCUCCCGCUCAGCUGCGGCCCAGCCCGCUGUCCUUGCAUCGAUGA